AUGCCUAUGAGCAGGAAAGUGAGUGGGCAAGUCGUGGUCGAUGACUGGUCUCUGACCGGAUUAGUCAACUCAGCAGACAGCAACGUGGAGAGAAACCAGACUGUGGGAGACAGCAGGCGCUGCGGCAGGGAGGCGUUGGGUCGGAUCGUGACUUACCCAUUAUGGUUAAUCUACUGGACCUUCACGAGGAUUUUCAGGAAUCCUCAUCCGGCAAUUACUCUGAAGGAUCCUGAAGUGAAGUAUGCAUUGAGGCUGAUUGAUAAAGAGGAAAUUAGUCAUGACACGAGAAGAUUUCGAUUCGCUCUUCCUUCGGCAGAUCAUGUUUUGGGCCUCCCUAUAGGACAACAUAUCUACCUGUCUGCUCGGAUUAAUGGGACUCUGGUUGUUAGACCGUACACUCCUGUUUCUAGCGAUGAUGACAAGGGCUUUGUGGAUCUUGUUGUCAAGAUUUACUUCAAAGGCACCCACCCGAAGUUCCCCGAAGGAGGGAAGAUGUCUCAGUACUUAGACAGCCUGAAAAUAGGAGACACUAUUGACUUCAGAGGACCAAGCGGCCUGCUUGUCUACAAGGGAAAAGGACAAUUCGCUAUUCGGCCAGAAAAGAAAGCUGAACCAGUUUUAAGAAAAGUGAAAUACGUGGGGAUGAUCGCAGGUGGCACUGGGAUAACACCAAUGCUGCAGAUCAUUCGUGCUAUCAUGAAAGACAAAGAUGACCACACUGUUUGUCAGCUGCUGUUUGCUAAUCAGACUGAGAGGGAUAUCCUGUUACGCAACGAACUGGAGGAGCUCCAGGUUCAGAAUCCCACUCGCUUCAAGCUUUGGUACACGCUGGACAGAGCACCUGAAAGUUGGGAAUACAGCGAAGGGUACGUGAACCAAGAGAUGAUCAGGGAUCACCUGCCACCACCCCAGGAUGAUGUUCUGAUUCUCAUGUGUGGCCCUCCUCCAAUGAUCCAGUAUGCUUGCCUCCCCAAUCUGGACAAACUGGGCUACACCAAGGACAUGCGGUUCUCCUUCUAGAGAAGGUUGAAAUCUCAGUGAUGUUGUGUGGAAGGGAAGAAAAAACAUUUAACGGGAACAAGACAAAGUUACACAAGUGGCUGAUGCACAGUGCUGAGAAGCUGCAGUUAGGUUAAAGUUGCUUCAGUUCUGCUGAAUUCUGGCGUGU